CGAGCGGGGCGGGCGGCGGCGGCGCAGGGAGCCGCGGCGGGAGCGGGCGGGCGGGCGGCACCGGGCCGCUCCGUGCGGGAGCCGAGCCGCAGCCUGACAUGAUGUUUCCACAAAGCCGGCACUCGGGCUCCUCUCACCUGCCACAACAGCUGAAGUUCACAACUUCUGACUCCUGUGACCGGAUCAAAGAUGAGUUCCAGCUCCUGCAGGCCCAGUAUCACAGCUUGAAGUUGGAAUGUGACAAACUAGCCAGUGAAAAAUCAGAGAUGCAACGUCACUACGUCAUGUAUUACGAGAUGUCCUAUGGGCUGAAUAUCGAAAUGCACAAACAGGCUGAAAUUGUCAAGAGGUUAAAUGGGAUUUGUGCUCAGGUUCUGCCCUACCUUUCGCAAGAGCAUCAGCAGCAAGUCCUGGGAGCUAUUGAACGAGCCAAGCAGGUGACAGCGCCAGAGCUGAACUCUAUCAUCCGUCAGCUUCAAGCUCACCAGCUCUCGCAGCUUCAGGCCCUUGCUCUGCCUCUGACUCCGCUCCCCGUGGGCCUUCAGCCCCCAUCCCUCCCUGCUGUCAGCGCCGGCACGGGGCUUCUGUCGCUCUCAGCCCUGGGCUCCCAAGCUCACCUCUCCAAGGAGGACAAGAACGGCCAUGACGGGGAUGCCCACCAAGAUGAUGAUGGGGAGAAAUCAGAUUAGAGGAAUAGAGGGGAUGGGGGGAGGGGGCUGUUGGGGGGUGGGAGGGGAUGGGUUCAAUGCAAGAUGCAGUAUCUCUCUCUAGUUGCUGUGCAGCAGAAUUGUGGGGGCUUGUGUUUGGGGGCAGCUUGCCAGGUCUUUUCCCAUGGGCAGUGGUGCCUGGGGGAUGCCCCCACUGUUAACCCUGCAGAUAGGCCAUUCUGCAGCAAUAAAAGCGCCAUAGCAGUAACUGUGUGGCCGAUCAUGUUCUCCUGUGCCCAGCCUGGCUUCCCCAUCCCUGCUCCGUUGCAGAGCUGAGCCAGAGCCUGGCUUGUGCUGCUCUGGGGCUGUUUGGCAGUCUUGGCUCCUUGGGUACUAUGAGGUUUCCUUCCACCUGCCUCCCCAGUUGGUAUUUAAAAAGGACCCUUGAUCCUAACAAUUUCUGCACAACUCCCUGCUGGGAUCUCCACCCCAAAGCCACCACUUGCCUCCUGAAUGCUCUUGAUCUCUUUGCAUCUCCCGAGUUCUGGCCCUGUCCUCUUCCAUGUCCCUCCUGCACUAAUACCAGGCCGGCACCUUGCUGUUCUGCAUGUAUCUGUUUUUAACCAGUCCUGCUGCAGCAGAAUAGUACCAUGCUUUCUGGCUGCCAGGUUUCUUUCUCACGCUGCUCCUUGAGCUAGGGCUGGAGGGGGAGUCCCUGCCACUCACUUGCCUGUGGCGUAGCACCUGCCUUGCUGGGGGUACAGGAGGAGAGGACUGGGGCAAAGAAGGAGGCAGAGUGCAUGAGAGCCUUUUUUGGACCUCCCCCCGUCCUGUACCUCCCCCCCAUGUAGAGGAUACAGCAGCUUUCUCUGUUCUUAUUUCCGUGCGCUAGCGUGUCUUCUAAAAAAAAAAAAAGGAACAAAAAAGAAUAAAAUCUUUAAAAAUCUGGUGUUUGUAUAUAGUCCUUUAGAGAGAUCUUGUUUUGCUUUUUGUGUUUAAUCACUUGACCUAUAAUAAGAGGAACUGAAAAUGCUGUAUCGAGGACGUACAAGCUGUGCCUUUCAAAUAAAGAAAUAAGAAGGUUGGUUAA